GAUUAAUCCAACAGAUGAACCACCCAUAUCUUGUUCUUUGCCUGUCAACAACUGUGCUGUAGUCUGCUGCUUACCAAAAGCACCAGCAAGAAUAGCAGUAAUGCACAAAGAUGGCAUGUCAGUUGAAAUGAACAUCACAGUGUUUGAUCUAGCAGUCAAGAAGUCAAAAUAUAAAACGGAAGUUCUAGCUCAACAGAUUGCAAGUUUCACAUUACCAGGAGGAACCCGGACCACAGCAAUUCUCAUGGAAGGGCAUGGAACAGAAACAAUUCUUCUAGGAUGUGGAUCAGAAUUGAAACUCUAUUCUAUCUUCGGGACUCAAUUAGAAGUUUUCCAGGACCACAAGAAUACAAUCACUUCUAUAUGGGUGGAUUCUUUUCGUGUUGUCACAUCAUCUAUGGAUCUCUCACUACGUGUGUACACCUGGAAAAAAGUAAACAAAAUCUCUUCGCUGACAGGUCGCUAUCACUUACUAGGGGGAUCCCACAGAUGGUCAAGGGGCUUUACAGAAGUGGCAUGUGACAAUAUCAGCAUUGUAGGUGUGGUGGCGGAAAGUGAUGGAAAAAGUAUUUUAAGAGCAUAUUCCUUUAACUUGUGAAUACAGAAACAUUUAAUGAUCCAUCAUUUUAGCUACAUUUUGUGUGUUCCUUUGCAAAGCUUUACGCAAUUAAGCAUACAGCACUCUGUCAUCAUAAAACUUUUAAAGUAAUGAUAAACAGCAGGAUAUAUGCGGUUUACUAGAGGUCCUAACCUGUAUUUUAGCUCAUCUAAUAAAAAUAUUCCUUUAAAAUACACUUAAUUUCAGUAAGGCCACCACUAUUAAUAUUGCUUUUAGAAUGCUUUAAGUAACCCUCGGCUUUCUAUUAUGUAAGUUAAGUUGCUCUUAUCCUCAAUAAAGAGUCAUACAACAGUUUAAAAUUUAUUGGAUCUGCAAAUAAAAAUACAUUAGUCACAUGGAAUAUACACAAUACAUGCUGAAAUUUAAAAAAAUACAGGAAUGAAACAAUCCUUGUACCUAGUUCUGUCAAUACAGUAUGGUUCAGUGCAACUCUUCUGGCAUGAUAUUUUAUCCAGUAGCAUACUACUAUAUUUUUAAAAGAUGUUUAUAAAAUAUAAGCACUGACUGCCUUUAAAUAACAUAGCAGGGGACAUCUUUUCCACACAUGCAAGAUGUAGACCUGCGUGCAGUUCUGCAAAAGUUACAGUAUGCUGUGCAAUGUAGAUUUAUAGAUGUAGUUUAAAAUCAUGGAACAGUUUGUACCAUCAUAUCUACAGGAAAGGACCACUAUACUUCCUGUGAUUGUCAGCAUUAAUUAUUUUUAAGCUGUUUCAAUCCUCCCUUUAAUACCCCACAUAUCCACGAUGAAUAAAAAAUAAAACUUUAGAACUCAA